CUACUUUUGUUUAGUAUGGAUGUUAAGUGAAGAUCAGUGUUUCUGAGGACUCUGUCGGUUAGCUCAUCCUGAUAUUCCCGAGACAUGCCCGUGUCUACACGGCGCCACAGACUGACUCCAGCGCACUGAAGCUCUCAUCCUCUCACCAUGACCUUCUUCAGCUCUUUAUUUGUCCUCCUCUUCAUCAGCAGGUUUCUGGAGAACUCUCUGCUCAGCGCUGAGGUGAAAGAGGGAGAGAUUCUUCCUCCGACCAUCCAGAAGCUGAUGAAAGGAUACAACAAAUACCUCCGGCCUUUCUUUGACAAUGGUCCCGUCACGGUGGGCAUGAGUUUAGACAUCGCCAGUAUUGAUACCAUUUCUGAGAUCAACAUGGACUACACCGCCACAAUCUUCCUCCGUCAGCGCUGGACAGACGAGCGGCUCGUGUUUGAAGGCAAUAAGAGCUUGAGUCUGGACGGGCGACUGGUGGAGCUGCUGUGGGUCCCAGACACCUAUAUAGUGGACUCCAAGAAGUCCUUCCUCCACGACAUCACCGUGGAGAACCGACUGAUCCGGAUCUUUCCCAACGGAACCGUGCUCUAUGCGCUCCGGAUCACCACGACUGUGGCCUGUAAUAUGGAUCUGACCAAAUAUCCGAUGGACAAACAGACGUGCACCUUACAACUGGAGAGCUGGGGUUAUAACAUCAAUGACGUGAUGUUUUACUGGGCUCGAGGGAACGACUCUGUGAGCGGUUUGGACACGCUGAAACUGGCUCAGUUCACCGUAGAAGAUCAUUACACCUCAGUGUCUGAAGCCGUAUAUGAGACGGGAAAUUAUCCCAAGCUGAUCUUUCAUUUCGAGCUGAAGAGGAGCAUCCUGUACUUCAUCCUGGAGACAUACGUGCCGUCCAGCCUGCUGGUGGUUCUGUCCUGGGUCUCUUUCUGGAUCAGCCAAUCAUCCGUCCCCGCUCGCAUCUGCAUAGGCGUGACGACCGUCCUGACAAUGACCACGCUGAUGAUGGGCGCGCGGACGUCUCUGCCCAAUGCCAACUGCUUCAUCAAGGCCAUUGACGUGUACCUGGGCAUCUGCUUCAGCUUCAUCUUUGGAGCGCUGAUAGAGUACGCUGUGGCCCACUUCUGCACGCUUCAGCACCCUGACUACAACAACGGACUCAUGUACGGUCAUCACAUGCAUGAGUGUGAGGAGGAGAUGAAUGGCAUCGUCACCACCAUCACCAGCGAUUCUUCACGGCUAAAGCGACGCAAAGACGGUCCGGCACUUGUGCCCACCGUCACCGGUGAGCCUGGCCUCACACCCUCCAGCCCGACCGCCAGUGAACCCAAGACCGCAGAGGUCCCGACAGAGCUCUUUAGCCGCUGUGCCAAAAACAUCUCCGUCCUGAGGAAGAUCCUGAGAUCCAUCAACUGCUGUCAUGUGGAAAACCCACAUUAUAUAGACAACUACUCGCGGUUAACCUUCCCACUGUCGUUCAUCUUCGUUAAUCUGCUAUACUGGACAUACUACCUGUACUUUUAACCAGGGCAUCAUGCUGAAUCAUUUCUGUGUGUUAGUAAGUACGCUAGUGUGGGCACGUGUGUCUGAAAGACCAGUAGAGACUCAACAGAGAAGGAAAAUAAUUAGGGUUACGCCGAUACUACAUUUCUCAGCAGAUACCAAUAGCCAAUUAUUCAGAAUGAUGUUUGCCGAUACGAAUGCUGAUUAUUCAGAAUGAUAUCUGCAGAUACCGAUAGCCGAUUAAUCGGAAUGAGAUCUGCUGAUACUAAUAUAGUAUUUAGAAUGAUAUCUGCCAAUACCAAUAGUCAGUUAUUCAGAAUGAUUUCUGCCGAUACUGAAUAUUCAGAAUUAUAUCUGCUGAUACUAAUAUCUGAUUAUAUAGAAUGAUAUCUGCUGAUAACAAUAGCCGAUUAUUCAGAAUGAUAUCUUCUAGUACCGAUACAAAUAAUGAUAGGCAAUUAUUUAGAAUGAUAUCUGCUGAUACUAAUAUCCAUUUAUAUAGAAUGAUAUCUGCCUAUACCAAUAGCCAAUUAUUCAGAAUGAUAUCUGCCAAUACGAUUAUUCAGAAUGAUUUCUGCUGGUACCGAUAGCCGAUUAUUCAGAAUUAUAUCUGCUGAUACCAAUAUCCAAUUCUAAAAAUCUAAUAAUAUCUACCGAUACUGAUACCGGCAGCUGAUUAUUCGGAAUGAUAUCUGCCAGUGCAGAUACUAAUACAGAUAGCCGAUUAUUCAGAAUGAUAUCUGCAGAUAUCGAUAGCCGAUUAAUCGGAAUGAGAUCUGCUGAUACUAAUAUAGUAUUUAGAAUGAUAUCUGCCAAUACCAAUAGUCAGUUACUCAGAAUGAUUUCUGCCGAUACUGAAUAUUCAGAACUAUAUCUGCUGAUAGUAAUAUCUGAUUAUAUAGAAUGAUAUCUGCUGAUAACAAUAGCCGAUUAUUCAGAAUGAUAUCUUCUAGUACCGAUACAAAUAAUGAUAGGCAAUUAUUUAGA